CCUCCUUCCUCCACCCAUGCCUGCUUUCUGAACAGCUGAUGAAGUGGACCUCGCGCAAACUUUCUAAGAAUUGUGAAACAUCAGUGCACUUACACCAGGACAGGACAUAAUUAGACAUGAAUAAAGAAGAAAUCCAAGGGGCGACCGAGGAGGAGCAGCAGGCCCAGUCAAAGAAAGCCUUGAAGAAACAGCAGAAGGAAGCGGAGAAAGCUGCCAAGAAGGCUGAGAAACAGGCCAAGCUGGCUGCUGAUCAACAAAGCACAGAGGAAGAUGACUUUGCCAAGGACCGGUAUGGUGUGUCUGCUAUGGUCCAGUCCCAGCAGAAACUAGACAGGGUGUUGGUGCGCAUCCGGGACCUGACACCUGAGAAGGCUGACCAGUUGAUCUGGCUGCGUGCCAGAAUCCACACCAGCAGAGCCAAAGGGAAGCAGUGCUUCUUGGUCCUGCGUCAGCAGCAGUUCAACGUUCAGGCGCUGGUCGCCGUGGGAGAUCGUGCCAGCAAGCAGAUGGUCAAGUUUGCCGCUAACGUCACGAAGGAAAGCAUCGUGGACAUCGAGGCUGUGGUGAAGAAGGUGGAGCAGAGGAUCGAGAGCUGUUCUCAGCAAGAUGUGGAGCUCCACAUCGAAAGGAUUUUUGUGAUCAGCCAGGCUGAGGCCCGUCUGCCUCUGCAGUUGGAGGAUGCCGUCAGGCCGGACGGAGAAGGGGAUGAGGAUGGCAGAGCCACAGUGAACCAAGACACCAAGCUGGAUAACAGGGUGAUUGACCUCAGGACGACAACCAGCCAAGCCAUCUUCCGCCUGCAGUCUGGGGUAUGCCAGCUUUUCCGAGACACCCUCACUAAGAAGGGCUUUGUGGAGAUUCAGACCCCGAAAAUCAUUUCAGCUGCCAGUGAAGGUGGGGCCAAUGUCUUCACUGUGUCCUACUUCAAAACCAGCGCCUACCUCGCCCAGUCUCCCCAGCUCUACAAACAGAUGUGUAUUUGCGCUGACUUUGACAAGGUCUUCUGUGUGGGUCCAGUUUUCAGAGCAGAGGACUCCAACACCCACCGUCACCUGACUGAGUUUGUGGGUCUGGAUAUUGAGCUGGCCUUUAACUACCAUUAUCACGAGGUCAUCGACUCUAUCACUGACACCAUGGUCCAGAUCUUCAAAGGUUUAAGAGACAACUUCCAGACAGAGAUCCAGACAGUGAACAAGCAGUUCCCCAGCGAGCCUUUCAAGUUCCUAGAGCCCACCCUGAGGCUGGAGUUCACCGAGGCUGUGGCUAUGCUCCGCCAGGCCGGGGUGGAGAUGGGCGACGAGGAAGAUCUCAGCACACCCAAUGAAAAGCUGCUGGGCCGCCUUGUCAAGGAGAAGUACGACACCGACUUCUAUGUGUUGGACAAGUACCCACUGGCUGUAAGGCCAUUCUACACCAUGCCUGACCCCAACGACCCUAAAUACUCCAACUCAUACGACAUGUUCAUGAGGGGAGAGGAGAUUUUGUCAGGAGCUCAGAGGAUCCACGAUGCCCAGCUGCUGACUGAGAGAGCCGUCCAUCACCAGAUCGAUCUGGAGAAGAUCAAGGCGUACAUUGAUUCCUUCCGCUACGGUGCUGCACCACACGGCGGCGGUGGCAUUGGGCUGGAGAGAGUGUGCAUGCUGUACUUAGGUCUCCAUAACGUCCGUCAGACCUCCAUGUUCCCACGCGACCCCAAGCGCCUCACCCCCUGAGCGGACACGGCAAAGGGCCCAACCACCACUGGACAAACACACGGAUGCUGGUUGUUGAAGGAGACAUUACGAGUUUACAAAAGCAGCGGGAGAGUUUUAGGAGCUAAUGGCCACCCCAUGACUCUGAAGCACCACCAUGAAUAAAAUUGUCUGAGAGAAUAACGCUAUCGUUAAUAGGGAGUACAUCGUUGACCACGUGCUAAAUUGUCUCCAGUGUUCACCAUCACAUCACCCACAUAAGGUAAAGAGGGGUAAACACCUACAAUAGUUAUCAGGAAGUGAUUUAGGUGCAUAAUCCCACAAAGAUUCAUGAUUAUUAUCAAUCUCUUAGUCAGUAAAUCAGUGUUGUUUGAUUUCGUACUUUUAUAUGGAGGUGUAGUAUCUCACUUUCCGACAGAUUUGAGUCACUCCUACAACCACCCCUUAGAGUCCGGAUGAAUAAUUGUGGCCUCAAGCAAUAAACAGGUGCUGAUUAUUACAGAGAUUUUAUAAGUAAUUGCAAGACUAAACAUUAAUAAAAAGGUGUUUAAACCA